AUGGAAUUUGUUUCCAAUCCUGCUGACAAUGAGGGCCCUACGGUCCUAGCAGCGACGCUGACGGUAACAUGUGUGGCCCUUCUUACGGUGGGGGCACGCUUGUACGUGCGUCUUGGUAUGAUUCACAGCUUUGGUCUAGAUGACGGCUUCAUGACACUUGCGAUGGCUAUUGCCAUCGCCGGCGAAGGCGUUCUUAUCACCCAGGUUCGGCAUGGAGUUGGCCGUCAUACCGGAGAUGUUGACCUUGUAGUUGACUACCCCAUCGCAAUGAAGAUGUCCUUCGUCUCGCAGCCGCUCUUUCUAUCGGCUCUGUGUCUUGUCAAGCUCGCUGUAGGAUCUUCCUUGCUCCGCAUUGCAUCGAAGAAGCUCUACAAGAGCAUGAUCAUUGGCAUCAUGGUUUUCAUGACCGCGUACACCAUUGCCUGCAUUUUUACAAUCGUAUUUCAAUGCACCGAUGUCCGAAUCUUUUGGGACUUUAACGUGGACUCGACGUGCUGGGACAUCGAAACGAUCAAAAGCCUUGCAUAUGCCAACUCCUCCGUCAAUAUUCUCACCGACCUUCUAUUCGGCAUCGCGAUCCCCGCCCCAAUGCUAUGGACUCUCAAUGUUCCCACGCGUGUCCGAAUAUCUCUCAUGAUUAUCCUAGGCCUCGGUGUGUUUGCAUGCGCAGCAGCCUGUGUAAAGGUCUACUAUGUGGUCACGGCGUACGGAAAAACAUUCGAUCCCCUAUGGGACUCACGAAAUAUCCAGAUGUGGACGGUUAUCGAAGCAAAUGUCGGAGUCAUCGCCGGCAGCUUACCCACACUCCGCCCUUUGUUCAAAGAUUUCUUGGGAAGCAUCUACGGGAAAGGGUCCAAGGCACCGACAGGCAACACUUACUACGGUCGAGGUACGCUGCGGAGUGGGAACAGCAACUGGCAAACACUCUCAAAUUCUCAAUGGCCUGUGGGUACAGGCGAGGGAAACAGGGCCCCGAGGCCACGCAAGGAUAGAACAGGGGAUGGCUACGAGAUGGGAACAUAUGCCUCACGGCCAGUUGGAUCGACCACCGUUAUGGCGGGUGGUGGAGCGGACGACAGCGACGAGAGCUUGUAUAAGACUGGACUGCGGGACGGUCCUGAGAGGCAGGGCAUCAAGAAGACAACUGUCACGACGAUCAUGUAUUCUCAGAACCAGAAGGAUGGUCCCGGAAAGUAG